GUGCGCGUUCUUCCCCGCCGCCUCCGCGAGAAAUCGACACACACGACAGAAAGAAAUGGCCGUUAUUAUGUCGUCGCUCGCGUACCGGGCGAUCCGAGGGAGGAACUCUUAUCUGCACUUUAUCUGACCGUGGCGUGGCCGACGUGGCGGAGAGCGGAAAAGCCAGUCGGCGGAGCGGUGUCGACGCGCGCGGAAUCGCGCUCGCUUUCUCCGCACGGGGAGGAGAGAGGCUGGCGAGAUCAUGCUGGAGAAUUGCCGAUUGCUGCUGUACGCGUCGCGGUUCUACGGCUGCCAUCCGCACAGAAUUCGGGAGCGAGAGACGCUCGCGGCCGCGCGUUUCCAUCCGCUGAUGCUCUACUCGGUGCUCGCGUGCGGCGCGUACUGCUUGGCGGCGUACAACGCGGAUGGCACGGUCUCCUGCGUGCCCAAGGGCGCGAUGAUCGUCGGCUGCUUCCUGCAGCAGAUCGAUCGCUACACUCGCGGUCUCUUCAUGAUUCUGACGACGGUCCUGUCGUGCCUGCGGCAUCUGGAAUUCGAGCGCAGCCUCGCCGCCGUGCGUAAAUUCGACGACCUGGCGCGGGCGGCGACGGCGACGGCGACGGCGACAGCGACGGCGACGGCGAAUCGGCGCACGCAGUGGCUCACGUUGCUCGGGAUCCACGCCGCUUGGGCUGCGUUCUGCGGCUUCGCCGUCUACGUCACGUACGGCAAGUUGUCGGUCCUGACGAUCGCGAUACAAAGCAUCACGCGCGCGGCCUUCUCCACGCAGGUCGCGAAAUUCUGCUUCCUCCACGACGCGUUGCGCCGCAGGUUUCGCCUCGUCAAUCGACUGUGUCGUGCUUCGCCACCCGGCACCACCGCGACGACCCGCCGACCAACAGUCGUCGCGCCGGCUAACCCGAGUCAUCACGCACCAAGGCUGGCCGUCGGCGUCAACACCGUCGCGGUCGAGGAUCUCACGAUCUUGCGUCUUCAGCGAUUGCACCGGUGUCUCACCGACGCGACCAAGCAUCUCGGUAGCUACUACAGCCCGCAGUUGAUCUGCUGGUUCGUGUGCUUGUUGACCGACAUCCUGAUGUACAUUUUCUUCAGUCUUUACACGGUGAAUAGCGCGAAGAUGAUUAUUCUUCAGUGUAUGAUGCUCACGUACUUGUCGCUUCAAAUCAUCGCCCUGAGUCGCGUCUGUCACUUGACGUGCGAUCAGGCAAACGCGCUGGCGAGAAUGGUGCUCUCGGUGGAAACUUCCGUAUUCAGACGCGACGAGUUUUUCACUGAAGCGAUCGAAUUGGGAGUGUACCUUCGAGCGCAGCCGUUACGCAUCAGAGUCUUCGGCCUGUUUAACGUGGACAACCGAUUUCCGUUCUUGGUGUUUGGCGUUAUACUGAUGUACGUGAUUCUAGCUUCGUCUAUUCAUUGAAUGAGGCUCGCGAUAUAUUGACCGAACGGCAACGACAAACAGGAAAAUAAACGAC